AUGGCCCAAACACUUGCACUCGCCCUUCUAUCGCUCGUGUCGUUCGUGAAGAGAGACACUAAAGGGCUUCCUCUACCCCCUGGUCCUCCACCUCUCCCCUUUGUCGGAAACGUGGUCGGAAUUGACUCAGAUCAUCCAUGGUUGGCGUACUCAAGAUGGGGAUCUAAAUAUGGGGAAAUCGUUUACUCUCGACUCUUCAGUCAGGAUAUCAUAAUCAUCAACUCCGAAAGAGUUGCGCAUGACUUGCUCGACCGUCGUUCACAGAAUUAUUCCACGAGACCCACGGGGGUCAUGCACGUUCUUGACUUUUUUGGUGUCGAGUUCUCCUCCAUCUUUCUACCCUACUCGGACAGGUGGAGACUUCAUAGGCGAAUUUUCCAUCAGGCCUUCCGUUCAGAAGCAGCGUCAUCCUUCCGUCCGAUUCAAAUGCGCAACGCCCAUCAUUUGAUACUAAAUUUACUAGCCUCUCCUGAGCCGUAUGGAACCCAUUUGCACACCUUCAGCACGUCUAUCAUCAUGUCAGUCACGUAUGAUUAUUCUACAGCGCCUCUCGAUGAUCCUUUCAUUGCGCUUGUCGAGCGUUCACUUGAAAUAUCUGUAAGAGAACUCAGGCCUGAGGUCGCAGCUCUUGUAGCAGAGUUCCCGAUAUUGGAAAAACUUCCUUCCUGGUUCCCCGGAGCGGGCUUUGUAAGGGGUGCUAUACUCCAGAGAUCCCUCGUUCCCCUGAUUGUGGACACGCCCUUUGAACAUGUGAAGAAGAACAUGGCUGCGGGGACGGCUGCACCCUCUAUGGUGUCGGAUGCAUUGAAUCGUAUGCAAGAUAAAGCAAAAAGUGAAGAGGAGGUCGCUGUUCUCGAGAAAGCGAUCAAGGAAGCUAGUUCAUCUGGUUAUGCAGCUGCCUCAGAAACUACGACGUCCACUUUAUACGUUUUCCUACUCGCGAUGGUUCUAUAUCCUGAGGUGCAAGCACGUGCGCAAGCAGAGAUUGAUUCCAUCAUUGGAGAAGCUCUCGAAAGAUUGCCCGACUGGGAUGACCGGGCUUCUAUGCCCUACAUCAAUGCCGUGAUACGGGAGACACUGAGAUGGUUCCCCGUCGUCCCUCUGGGCGUUGCCCAUGCCACGGUAAAUGACGACGUCUACGAAGGCUACUAUAUUCCAAAAGGGGCUACCGUAAUGGCUAACACAUGGGCUAUGGCGCGCAAUCCAGAAAAAUAUCCAAACCCGACAAGGUUUAUGCCCGAGCGCUACAUGUCAAAGGUCGCCGUCGAAGAGUCAUCAACGCGUGACCGUGAUGAUAUUUCCUUUGCAUUUGGAUUUGGAAGGCGUGUUUGUGUUGGAAGACAUGUUGCAGAUGCUUCCUUAUUUGCUGCAGUUGUGAAUAUUCUAGCUAUCUUCCGGGUGGAACGUGCACCAGGAUGGAAUGUCGGGCCUGAUGCUGAAGGGGUGGAAUGGAGUGGAGGCCUAACAACUUUAUCUGAGCCAGCCAAUGCAGACACCCUGUAUUCCCGUGCAAAUUUACCCCUCGCCAUGCGAAAGAAAAGGUAG